AUGGUUACAGUCAGAUCACCAGAUCUCAAAUCAAAAAAUGGAGAAACGUUGAGAACUAUAAGCUUCAAGAAAAGGGAUUUGAACAAUGUUGAUGAAUCUGAUGGCUACACUAAUGAUCUGCUCAUUCAAGAAUCUUUAUCCUUCAAGAAAAUGAAGUCAACUGCGACCAAUGUCCAAACAACAUUUUCAUUCAAGAAUCUAAAUCUCGAUAUUAAAGGCAAUGAAAAUAAAUUGUAUGCCGCAGUUUCUUCCGUAGAACCUGCCUACGCACCAUCUCCAAGGCCAGCUACGGAGCUUGAUGCAGCUGCAACUAAGUUGCAGAAGGCUUACAAGAGUUACCGGACUCGCAGGAACCUCGCUGACUGUGCGGUGGUUGUGGAAGAGCUAUGGUGGAAGGCGUUGGACUUUGCAACCUUGCGGCGGAGUUCUAUAUCUUUCUUUGAUUCUGACAGAUCGGAAACUGCCGUUUCUCGGUGGGCACGAGCUAGGACCAGGGUAGCUAAGUUUGCAAAGGGUUUGUCCAAGGAUGAGAAGGCUCAACAGUUAGCUUUAAGACAUUGGCUUGAAGCUAUUGAUCCAAGGCAUCGAUAUGGUCACAAUCUGCACUUGUACUAUAAUGUUUGGUUUGGUAGUGAAAGCUCACAGCCAUUUUUCUACUGGCUGGACGUGGGAGAUGGGAAAGAAUUAAAUAUUGAGACAUGUCCGAGGACUAAACUACAACGUCAAUGCAUCAAAUAUCUUGGUCCAAAAGAAAGGGAGGCAUAUGAAGUGAUAGUGGUGGAUGGGAGGCUAGUUUACAAACAAAGUGGAAAACCAGUGGAAACUGUCGAAGGGACUAAGUGGAUAUUUGUUCUAAGUGCAUCAAGGACCAUGUACGUAGGCAAGAAGGAGAAAGGCUUGUUUCAGCACUCUAGUUUUCUAGCUGGUGGUGCUGCCAUUGCUGCUGGGAGAUUGAUUGCACAUGAUGGGAUUCUUGAGGCUGUAUGGUCCUACAGUGGGCAUUAUCGCCCAUCAGAAGAGAAUUUCUUAGAGUUCAUUGACUUCUUGGACGAGCACAAUGUAAACUUAACAGAUGUUAAAAAAUGUCCCAUGGACGAUGACAUCCCACCAACCAAAGAAGAAGAUCAAAAGCACAAAGUAGAGAGCAUGAAGGGUACCCUACAAAUUGAAGAUGUGAGUGCAAAAGGCGAAACAAAUAAGGUCAAUGCCAAUUCAAAUAGUAGUAAGGAAGCAAAUGUGGACACAAAAGAAAGAAAUGAAGAUAAUAAGGAGAGUCCCAUAGCUAAUAGUCCAAGUGCAGUUUUUGAUCUGCACAAGCCAUUGUCAUGCAAAUGGAGCACAGGGGCUGGACCUCGUAUUGGCUGCGUUAGAGAAUACCCUGCAUGCCUACAAUUACAGGCACUCGAACAUGUGAAUUUAUCACCAAGGCCAAGGUUUGUGGCUGGAUCUUUGGCCACAUGUGGUCCAAUCCCUUCACCAAGACCUAGCCCAAAAGUUCACCUGUCCCCAAGGCUUCCAUAUUUGGGGCUUACAAGCCCUAGAGUUCAAGCUCCUACUACUAAGUAGACAUUCAAAACUCAACUCACAUAGGCAAGUUUUUUAGGUUCAAGACAUUGUGGCAGGUCUUUUGCCUUUAGGAUGAGACUCUAUUUCAAGGAAGGUAAACUCACAAUAGAUAAUAAUUGGACUAACCUCCAACACUGAGAU